AUGGGCAGCAGCAAUGCAAUACAUAAUGGUAUUGGUGAUGAUUCAGAUUCUGCAUAUGUAACAUGUCCUAGUGAUUUUUCAGAUUCUUCUUCUUCUAGUGAUUCUGGUUCUGGUGAUCAUGAUCAUAUUAUAAAUUCUAUAAAGAAUCCGCUUUCUCAACCUCCUCAGCCUCAGGCAUAUGUUACAAUUUCGUCGGAUUCAGAUGAUGAUGAUGAUGAUGAUGAUGAUGAUACAACUAGUACUGAAUCUCCUAUAAGACCUUGCCCUCCUGAUCAACCUCGUACAUAUGUUACAACUUCUAAUGAAUCUAAUUCGGAUUCAUCAGAUUCAGAUUCAGAUUCUUCGAGUGAAUUUUCUAGUGAUUUUGGAUCUUCGGAUUCAUAUUCUUCUACUGAUUCUAGUGAUCGUAAAAGUUAUCAAUCAGAAUCUUCUGAUGAAAAUUCUUCUUCCGAUGAAGAUUCUACUUCUUCUGAAGAAUCAUAUGGGAGGCGUAUCAUGACAUGUGGUAGAUAUUCUAAAAUUUCUUCUACAACUUCUAGUGAAGAAUCGGAAACUGAUUCCAGUAGUGAUGAGUUGGUUGAGAGGAAGAAGCGUCCUAAGCCUACUGCAUUUGCUGAUUAUAGUGGAUGUUCGGAUACUAGUGAUUCUGUUGAUGAUGAUGAUGAUGAUUCAGAUUCCAGUGAUUCAGAUUCAGAUUCCACUGUUUUUUUUGGUAAAUAUUCAGAUUCCACUGUUGAGAGCAAGAAGAGACGAAGUUUUUGA